GUGAUUUAAUUACCCCUUUAAACGACCCAUAAAUACCUAUAUGAAACCCAAACCAACUCAAACACGCAAUCGCAAUUUCACAAUCCAAACAAGACUCCGAGUCGUCUCCCUCCCGAAAUUCAGCUACAUAAGAAUCCAAUAAUCAUUCCCUCUCUCUCUCUUUCUCUCUCUCCUGUCCUUUUGGAUGGAAGUUCGAGCUUCCAUAACGAGCAAGUCGAAGUUACUGUGCGGAGAACCGUAAUUCCCAUAUCAGAAACAGAAAAGCCCUAGAAUUCAGACGCCUGGGAACUGAAGAGAGGAAGGAAACGGCGAAGAUGUUUCCGUGGAACAUCGCCAAAUCGGCGGAGGCGAUGUUCUCCCGGUGGGCCAUAAAGAGGGUUUGCAAGUUCUUGUUGAAGAAGAAAUUAGGGCAAUUCAUCCUGGGCGAAAUCGAUAUUAACCAGCUCGAUGUCCAGCUCAGAGCCGGCACUAUACAGCUCUCCGAUCUCGCUCUCAACGUCGACUAUCUCAACCAGAAGGUCGGUGCUGCAUCAUCAAUCAUAGUGAAAGAAGGAUCAAUUGGGUCUUUAUUGGUCACAAUGCCUUGGAAGGGUACGGGGUGUGAGAUUGAGGUGGAGGAGCUUGAGCUUGUUCUUGGGCCUCGUGAGGACCUUAAAUACCAAUAUGGAUCCCAGACUAGUAUUGCUAGACAAGAUGAUAACAACUGUCUCAGCAAUGAAUUGGGAAAGCUUGAUAAUGAAAAGGUGGAGAAUUCUCCGAUGUCUGCUUCCGUGGAUGUUCAUGAAGGAGUUAAAACCGUUGCUAAAAUGGUGAAAUGGUUGCUCACUAGCUUUCAUUUGAAAGUGAAAAAACUGAUUGUUGCAUUUGAUUCCUCUUUAGUAGGAAAUGAAAAAAAUAUGAAGUUUUGCAGAACCUUGGUUCUUCGAAUAACCGAUGUAGAAUGUGGAGCACGCAUCUCCGAAGAGGUCUCUUCAAAAUCUGAUAUGACAGUUGAUAACUUUCUUGGGUUGAAUCGUUUAACAAACUUCAUAAAAUUUCAAGGUGCAGUACUAGAGUUUCUUCAGAUUGAUGGUGUUGAUAAUCAAACCCCCCUUCAAUGUGCUUCUGGAACAACUUUUGGUGAAUGGUUUUCUGCAUCUAAUGCUAGGACUCCAGUUGUGACAGGGGGAAAAGGUGGAUUUUCUGGGACCCUGAAAUUGAGUAUCCCUUGGAAGAAUGGUUCAUUGGAUAUCCACAAAGUGGAUGCGGAUGCUUAUAUUGAUCCUCUGGAAUUAAGAUUUCAACCUAGCUCCAUCAAAUGGUUCUUGGAUUUGUGGGAAAUUGUUAAAGAUUCAGGUAAGAAUAGCAGGGAGCAUGCAAUCUACACGACUAAGGAAUCUGUUUAUUUCAAUGCUGCUUCUCAUCUAAGCUCUUCUGUAACUUCAAAUGAUAAGGCCAUGCCUUGUAAAGAAAGUUCUCCCUCAGAUUUCUGUUCUCCAAUGGGCAAACAAACAGUAGCAGAUGUUCUGUUACCAGAGUCGCGACUUAUAUCAGAUUGGGUGCCAUGCUCUAUUAGUAAAAACCCGAAAGACUGGACUGAAGAAGAACCAGAUUUUGGAGCCAGUGUAGAGCAGUUUUUUGAAUGUUUUGAUGGAAUGAGAAACUCCCAAUCAGCAUUAGGAAACAGUGGGAUGUGGAACUGGACUUGUUCUGUUUUCAGUGCAAUAACUGCAGCAACCAACCUUGCCUCUGGAUCUUUGCAUGUCCCCUCUGAACAACAACUUGUUGAAACCAAUCUUAAGGCAACUCUUGCUGGAAUUUCUGUUCUCUUUUCCCUCCUUGACGGAGAUCAUGAGCAUUCAUGUGAUGUAGAGAGCGUUGGGACAAAUGUUGGUUCACGUGCUCAUUAUCUUGGUGCAAAAUUCGAAGACAUGGUUCUUGUCUUGCAGGUAUGUCCUCAAGAAAUGAAUUUUAAAGGAACAGUGGAGUAUAUUGAGCUUAACGAUCACUUCACUAAUGCGGAUGAUGCCAGAGAGUUAAGUUUGCAUGGUUGUAAUGAUGUUGAAAGACAGAUGCUUAUGAUACAACAAAUGCAAGCUGCAGUUCAAGUUGCUCUCCCUACAUUUUCUUGCUCUUCCAUGGAUGAUGAUUCAGAGGAAUUCACUGCAGAUUUUCCAUUCAACAACUCCAGUGUGGAUAGAUGCAUUAGGAGAACAGGCCGUAAAGGUAUAUAUAGGGAUGAUGUAGUCAAGGUUACCUUGUUCAGAACUUUAGGCGGCACCCUUUGCCAGUUCACGGUAAAUUAUAGUUCUUCUGAUAGUAAUUUCAGCGGGCCAACUUCUUUUUCAUUAAAUCUGCCACGAUUAGUGCUCUGGGUGAAUUUCCAUUUGAUUGAGAUAGUUUUGGGUCUUCUGAAAGAAAUUGGAAGUUCCUUUGCUGUGGGUAGAGAUGGUUCGGCAUCCAAAGGCCUCAACAGUAGGAAUUGCUCUUCAUCUGUUGGGGAAGUGAAAAGGGGUUCUUGCCGUAAUUUGAUGAAAUCGUCCCCAGAAGAACUGUUGAGAGGUAAUAUAUUUCUUCCUGAAGCGAGGGUAAUAUUGUGUUUCCCCUCUGAGAAUGGAGUUUUUAGAAGCUACUCUUCCUGGGAUCAGUUUAUUGCUCUUGAAUUUACCUCACGUUUGAAGGAGAGCGAAGAAAGUGUUCAAGUCACUCCUCCAAUUCCAAAUAUAACUUCUCACAAGAAAUAUUCUUCAACAACCUCAUGUUCGCUCCAUUUGAAUAUGGGCAACAUUGACAUCUACUUAAUCACUGCUUCUUCGAGUAGUAAUGUUGGAAGUAGCCGUGAUGGCUUGCAGAGACAGAUAUUUUCAGCUGAGAACAUUCUUUGUUCCAGAAAUAGAAGAGGUCGCCUUUCUCAUAUUAGUAUGUUUUGGGAUGAGGGUUCUUUGACUGGUCCUUGGAUAGCAAAGAGAGCAAAGCUUCUAGCUACUUCAAAGGAUUCUAGGGGAAGGAAUAGCUUUGUGGGAAAAGGUUACGAGUUUGCCUCUGUUACUACUGCCAAAGAUAUGGAAGACCAGAGUGAUCUUGCACGGAAAGAUAUGAUUUUGAGCUCUGCGUUUUUCCUGCAUGUUCAUCUGUCUCCUGUUAAGAUCAAUCUAAGCAGUUCUCAGUAUAGGGGCUUACAUUGUCUUCUACAACAGACAACUGAAGAAUUUUCGAGUGCAGUGCAUGAUCCAAUUAGUGUUAAGAGUGAUUCUGCCGUGACUCAAACAUCAAUCCUUGUAGAAUGUGAUUCAGUUGAAAUUUCUGUUAGUUUGGAAAUGGUAGAGAGUGACAAAGGCUCAAUUCAGAGGGAACUUCCUGGAUCAUGGCAUCAUUUCAAACUACAAAUUGAGAAAUUUCAGUUCCUAUCAAUGUCAAACGUCGGUGGAAUUUGUGGUAGCAAUUUUAUUUGGGUUGCCCACGGUGAAGGCUGUUUGUUGGGCUCCAUUACUGGAGCUCCUGGCAAGGAGUUUCUUCUGAUAUCAUGUACCAACUCUACAAUGGGACGUGGUGAUGGUGAAGGUUCCAAUGUUUUGUCUUCUAAAUUUUCAGGUUCUGAUAUUAUACACUUAUGGGAUCCAGAGACUCCUUGCAGUUAUAUGUCCACAACGGUCAGAUGCAGCACCCUUGUUGCAGUAGGUGGUCGCAUGGAUUGGUUGGCUGCAAUUGUCUCCUUCUUUAGUUUGCCCUCUCCUGAAAAUGAACAAGCAGUUGACAAUAGUUUGAAGAAUGGGAAUUCUGCGGAAAGUGUACAUUGUGAAUCUUCUUUUGUUCUUAAUUUGUUGGAUGUUGGUUUGAGUUAUGAGCCAUACUUACAGGGUUUGAUCAAUACUGAAGUGUUGAAUUCUGAGUCCAGCUCAUUGAAUCUCAAAGGAGGAAUUCGGGAUAAUUAUGUUGCUUGCCUCCUAGCAGCUUCUUCAUUGAAGCUUUCUAACACCGAAGCAGCAGAUUGUAUAAACAGUGGUUACAAAAUUACGGUGCAAGAUCUUGGGCUACUUCUGUGUUUAGUAUCGGGGCCUGAGAAUGUUGUUGGCACAUAUAGUGUGGAACAUCUUCACAAAGUUGGCUAUGUUAAAGUUGCUCAAGACCCACAUUUUGAAGCAAAUUUGAGAAUGAAUUUUGAGAAUGGCCUUCAUUGGGAAUUGGAAUGUUCUGAAUCUCAAGCUUUUCUGGAUACUUGCCAUGACACCACUUCUGGCCUGAUUCAUCUAGCUGCUCAACUUCAACAGAUUUUUGCCCCUGAUAUGGAGGAAUCGAUCAUUCACUUGCAAACUAGGUGGAAUAAUGUGCAGAAAGCACAAGAGAGUGAUGGAAUGAGGGUCUUUACUAGUGAUGCUGCACCAUCAACUUCUCAAGUGAAUACUUCACGUCUAGAUAUGACGAGCCAGUCCGGUGUUGUCAACUUGAUGGACGAGAUUUGUGAAGAUGCAUUUCAUUGCGAUGGACGUUGGGAUGGCCUAUCUGAUUCUUUUGAAUCACAACUUAGUAUCUCAGUUGAUGAUCGGCUUCUUGAAGAGACAUUCAACUUAAUUGCCAGAAAUCCUGAGAGUAUCCCACUUAAUAUUUCUUUGGAAAGCAGUCACCCUUCUUUGUUUCAAGAGAGCUCUCCUCAGUUUAUAGAAGGCUAUUUCUUAACUGAGUCACAUUCUAUGUCUAAGCUAUCUCAAGAGAAGAAAUCAGCAAAUGAGAUUCCUAGAUACGAAUCCAGGAAUAAUGGAAAAGGAGAUGUUGACAGAGUAAACAUUGGUUGGUAUGGUGAUGCCCCGUUAAAAAUUCUGGAAGAUCACGUAUCAGAUGUCAGCAUUCGAAGUGAUCAACAACUUGUAGUAGAGGAAGCUACUACCAGCAAUCGCGACAAAUUUUGUGAUUAUGGAAAAGUGAGGGGCCGUGUUCUUUUUAAGAAGAUCAAUGUCUUCUGGAGAAUGUAUGCUGGAUCUGAUUGGCACAACUUUCAGAAAAAUGUCCAGAAUUCCCCACUUAUCCGUGGGAGGGAUAGGACUGUUUGUCUUGAGCUUGCAUUGUCUGGAAUGGAGUUUCAGUAUGAAGUUUAUCCCGAGGGUGUAACAUUUGUAUCCAGGCUUUCUCUCUCGGUCCAAGAUUUUCAUCUCAGUGAUAACAGCCAGGAUGCACCAUGGAAACUGGUGGUUGGAUAUUAUCAAUCAAAGGAUCAUCCUAGAAAAUCUUCCUCAAAAGCAUUGAAGCUGAAAUUGGAAACUGUUAGACCAGAUCCUUUGACCCCUCUUGAGGAGUAUCGGUUACGGGUUGCUUUCCUUCCUUUGCUUUUGCAUCUUCAUCAGAGCCAACUUGAUUUUCUCAUCAGCUUCUUUGGGGGAAAAAACUCUUCAGUUGACCAGUCUCCAAAUGCUCACCAGGAUUUGAGUGAACCAGAAGUGUUUCCAGAGAAGAGUAGUAAUCUUGGGGGCCAUACCAUCAGCGAGGAGGCACUGCUUCCUUUUUUUCAGAAGUUUGAUGUAUGGCCCGGGCUAGUUCGUGUUGACUACAUGCCGUGCCGUGUUGAUCUAGCUGCAUUAAGGGGUGGGAAGUAUGUGGAACUUGUUAACCUUGUUCCUUGGAAGGGAGUUGAACUACAACUUAAGCAUGUGCAUGCUGUUGGUGUCUAUGGCUGGGGCAGCGUGUGCGAAACAAUAAUUGGGGAGUGGUUGGAAGAUAUUUCUCAAAAUCAGGUUCAUAAACUAUUGCGCGGCCUUCCUCCCAUUAAAUCACUAGUUGCUGUUGGUUCUGGCGCUGCAAAGUUGGUUUCCUUGCCUGUGAAGAAUUACAAGAAGGAUCACAGAUUAGUGAAAGGAAUGCAAAGAGGUACAAUUGCAUUCCUUAGAAGUAUUUCAGUUGAAGCUGUUGGGCUGGGAGUACAUUUGGCAGCAGGGGCCCAUGACAUCCUGCUCCAAGCAGAAUACAUUCUUAAAAGCACUCCACCAUCUGUACCGUUACAAAGCAGGACAAAAACAAACGUGAGAUCUAAUCAGCCAAAAAAUGCCAAACAAGGAAUUCGACAGGCUUAUGAGAGUAUCAGUGAUGGCCUCGGCAAAAGUGCUUCUGCUUUAGUUCGAACUCCAUUGAAAAGAUACCAGCGUGGUGAUGGCGCAGGAUCUGCAUUUGUUUCUGCCAUUCAGGCAGCUCCAGCAGCCGCCAUAGCUCCAGCUUCUGCUGCUGCAUGUGCCCUUCAUUAUGCUCUUCUUGGUGUCAGAAACAGUCUUGAUCCUGAGCACAAGAAGGAGUCAAUUAAAAAGUAUCUUGGUGCUGCUCAGCUAAGGGAGAGUAUAACUGGUAUCAAGGGUUAAAAGCACAAGUAGAUCUUUUCAUCACGUCAUUUUGAAGCUACCUUCCGUUAUUGUGGAGGCUGUGUAAUUGUGAGCUGAAUCUCUUAAAGAUUUUAGAAGCUCAACGUGACUCGUCGAAAUUCUUCUUUCUUUAGGGAUGUACAGAUAGAGAAGUCAUUGGAACAAAUUCUUUGUUUGGUGGACAAGAAGAUGAUAGUCGUCUAGAAAGUGUACAUAGGUUUAUAUGUUUAUAUUAAGGUUUAACCACGAAGCCGAUAAUCAGGCUACUAAGAAUCCCAGCAGUAAUGUUGCUCACUCUCAAUAUCGGUAAUUACUCCGUUCUUAUCCAAGAAAGCUCAUUAUUUGACCCACAUUCUGCUGCAAUAUGUUUGUAAUGGUUACCUCAAAAAAAAAAAAAAACCUGAAGCCGAUACAUGUUAUUGUGAACAUUCAAAUCGGAUCGGCGCAAGUUAACAUGUGAAUAUAGUCUUUCCAUG